AUGCUUCAAGAAAGAAAAGGUCAUGGAGAAUCUAAAAGUUUGUCGUCUCUUCUCGUGGGUACAAUUGAUAGUGUCCUUGAUACCAGGCCUGCUCCUUAUCGGUUAAUUUACAAAACCUUUGAUAGAUGUUAUGUUAUUGCAACUUCAACUACUUUUCCCGAUAUCAUGAAAGACUGGGAAUGGAUUGAUAAAAAUAUUAGUCGCAGUAUAAAUGAUAUUGAUUCUGAAGAAGAAAAGACUGCAUUUGUACAUUGUAAAGUUCAUUCAUACAUAAAUAUAAACUUAGCAUCUAACUCUGUUGAAGAUGAAGAAACUCAAGAGUUUAAGUCGACUUCAUUGAAGGUGCAUGAGUUAUUCAAUAUUCCAGCAGAAGACAAACUGGUUUAUUACUAUUCUUGUAUGUACUGGAAAGGUAGAAUGCCUCUUCAAGGGUGGUUAUAUUUAACUGUUAAUAGGUUAUGUUUUUAUGCAUACAUUUGGGGUAAAGAGCAUAGGGUUGUAUUAAGAUGGGCAGAAGUAACUUCAUUAAGCAAAACAUCUGCUCUUGUUUUACCUGAUUCAAUAAAAGUAACUACUAUUAACGAAGAGCAUUAUUUCACAGUUCUAUUACAUAAGUCUGAAACAUUUGCACUGAUGGAGCAAUUGACAAAUUUAGCUAUGAAGCAGUUGAUAGAUGAUAGCACAAGUUUCUAUUUAAAAAUUUGUAAAAAUAUUCCAAAACACUCAUCUUUUCUAAAAAGAGAUUUAGAUGCUCGUGCACAUUCAGAAGCUUACAGAUUACUCUUUAGCCUUCCUUCCACAGAAAAACUCGAUGGUAGUACUGAUUGUACUCUUUGGACACCUUAUAAUAAAAGAUAUACAUGGGGUAGAAUGUUUUUAUCUCAAAAUUAUAUUUGUUUCGAAAGUAGGGUGAAAUAUUUGGUGAGUCUGGUUAUUCCCUUACAAUACAUACAGGCGGUAGAAAAAGCUGAUGAAAAUACUGUUUACAAAAGACUCCUUAUUACCACAGUAGAUUCCACAUUUGUAUUUGCUCAAAUACCAGAUAGAGAUUUUUUACUUAUUAAAAUAACCGAAUUAUUAUCUAAAUGGAAAAAUAAAGAUGAAGAAAUCAAAACAAAUUUAAUUGAAGCUCUUAAAAUAUCUGAUGAAGUCGAGGAUGAUUGGUCAAUUCAGGGACCUCUUAUGAAUGAAUUCAAUUCGAAUUCAGGUACACAAAGUCAAAUUUCUAAAUGUUCAAAAUGGAAAGAAUAUUUUUCUGAAUUUGGACGAGGGAUUUCAAUGUAUCGAACAGCUGAUGCUGGAAAAUUAAUUCUCGAUGGAAUUCCUGACAAUUUUCGAAGUGAACUAUGGCUAAUUUAUUCGGGGGCGUUAAAUGAAAAAUUGGCCAAUCCUGGUUUGUAUAGAUCAUUGGUAAAUCAAUCGUUGGGAAAAAUAAAUACAACAAAUGAUGAAAUCGAAAGAGAUUUGCAUCGUUCGCUUCCCGAACAUCCUGCUUUUCAAUCUUCGAUAGGGAUCCCUGCUUUAAGAAGAGUUUUAUCGGCUUAUGCUCUAAGAAACCCUCAAGUCGGAUAUUGUCAAGCUAUGAAUAUUUUGGCUUCCGUAUUUCUUAUUUAUUGCUCUGAAGAGGAAGCUUUUUGGCUUUUGGCAAAAGUCUGCGAAAGCUUACUUCCGGAUUCGUAUAAUACCAGAGUGGUUGGUGCUUUAGUGGAUCAGGGAGUUUUGGAAGCACUUGUCACAGAUCAUUUGCCACAUUUAAAUACAAUCCUUCAAAAUUUGGGAACAAUUAGAGUUAUUUCACUGUCUUGGUUUUUGACCGUGUACUUGAGUGUUAUGUCGUAUGAAUGCGCGGUUUACAUAGUGGACUGUUUUUUUUAUGACGGUGCCAAAGUUUUAUUUCAAAUUGCGCUCACAGUUAUGGAAUCGUUGGAGGAUAAAUUGAAAAAUUGUAAAGACGACGGAGAAGCCGUAAUACUUAUAACAAAUUAUUUAAAUGGCGUCUACGACGAUGAUAAUUUUGAUUCAAGGCCGAAAAACGUACCGAGAAGUGUGACCAUUCAAAGCCUUAUUUACGAUGCCUACGUGAAAUAUGGAUUCAUAACCGUGGCCAGCAUAGAAAGAUUACGUUUAAAACACAGGCUUCAAGUCGUACACAGGUUGGAAAACGGUUUGGAAAAAAUGAUUGUCCGAAGUUUGGUACCGGAUGGAUAUUUCAAAGCGGAAGAAUUAGAGGAUUUAAUAAAAUUACUUCGAGAAGAAAUGUCUCAACAGAAAUCAUUUAAAAUAUCCGAAAGUUAUCAAAUGCCUUAUGAAAUAUUUAAAAUUGAUUUUGAAACAUUUCAAAGUAUUUUCGUUGCUUUGUCUCCAUGGGGAAGAGGGUGUCAUAUGGAAAUCAUGACGCGAGAAAUAUUCAAGCUCAUGGACGAAAACAAUAAUGGGUAUUUAAAUGCGAGGGAAAUGAUGAAAGGAUUAGCAAUAACAUGUUGCGGUCCAAUGGAGGAUAGAAUGAAAUUACUUUUUACAUUGCACAUGCCUCCUUUGUUUUCCGAAUUAGACAUCCCGGGGUCAAAAGAAGCAGCCGAAGCUUUGCAAUUUUUCGAAGGUAGUUAUCUAAAAAAAAAAAAAAAAAGAAAAAUGUCGUCAACGUUUAACUUUGAAUAUUAUUAUGUGUGUCGUAGAUAA